CUACGCAGUGAUAAGGCGUUCUAACACAAUCGCGAACACUAAGAACUAUGCCGGGAUUGUAAGUUCACUGUCCGUACCCUCCAAACAUAUUGCAUAUCCUGUAUCGUGAAAGUCGUAUAGGACUCGAGCAAUAAAAGUCAGAUUACCACUUUUCAUCGUCUUAACAAGGAGCUGUCAGCCUCUGUAGUUCCCUUGAAAGAAAGACGGGCCUGUGUGUAUUUAUUGGCAAUAAUUCAUUUGCAUAAAUGGAAGACACAGAAGGCUUCGUCAAUCACGUCUGCCAGUUGACAUGUCAGAAACCUGGGCGUACGUGACGGAACCGCCAUAAAUGUUUACCUUAACAUGUUCGCACCUGGUCUCCGACGAAAUCUCUAUUGAAUGAAAAGCCUUUGAUCGUUGAGCACUUAUAGUGAUUGAAAUGAGAUGCUUACAUCAUGUCUUGCUGUUUUGCUUUUUCGCCCACUAUACCGCAAGUACCAUACGUCAUCCAAUGGUCAGGAACAUAGGUGAUCCAGAUAUAGCCGUGCGGGACACUGAGCGGUCGAAAAAGUGCAAGACUGUGCCAAUGAAUGAUCGUAUCGAGUGUCCCGUGCCUGGAGAAACGAUGGAUAGCGAACUGUGCUCGAAAGUGGGAUGCUGCAUGAACGACACUGCUAGCGAUUACCCGGAUAUGUGCUUCUUUACGCCGGAUUACAGGAGGUACAUCGUGAUGAGGGUUGCCAAUGACGAGGAUCACGUGAACGUCACCCUCAGUGUGAAUAAUCCCAUGAGGGUGGUGAACACGGCUCGCACUGUCUACGUUUCCGUUACAUAUCACUCCAAGGAGGUCGCCAAAGUGUCGCUCCAACGUUCAAGAUUCCCAGGCAACUACAUUCCAUGGGAGCCCUACGUGCCUGUCCUGGGUGCACGAGAAGCCUACCUCGACGCAAUGUACAAUGUGGAAGCUUUGAUGAACGGAAUGCUCACCAUAACCAGAAAAAACGAGGAUGGAGAUAUCAACAAAGGUGUACCAGUUUUCAGGACCAACUUCUCGUACCUGACAUUCGACGAGCAGUACAUGCAAAUUACGCUCUUCCUGUCGUCAAGUCGAGUGUACGGAUUUGCAGGGUAUCUGUCCCCGUUGCAGCUCAAGGUUCCAAGCAGCUUCUAUUUCUUUAAUCGGGGUGUCGGACCUGAACACGACGGCCGUGGGAGAGGCUCCCACCCAAUGUACAUUUGCCUGGAAGAUGGAGGGACAGCUCAUGGCGUCUUUCUCUUCAACAGCAAUCCAGCACAAGCAUUUCUUCGACCGAACCCAUCGAUGACAUUUCGGGUUUUCGGAGGGAAGCUGGACUUUUACGUCUUCAUGGGACCUACCAUUGAAGACGUAGUUCGGCAGUACCUUGAACUUGUGGGGAAACCGGCAAUGCCUCCAUAUUGGGGCUUGGGAUUCCACCUCUCCAGGGAAGGAUAUAAGACGCUCAACAACGUCGAGAAUGUCCUCAAGAGAAACGUCAAUGAAGGAGUGCCUGUGGAGGCGAUAUGGAACACCAUGGAGUACACUAAACACCACCUAAUCUUCACCCUCUCGUCCGCGUUUGACCAAGUUCGUGAGUUCGUGAAAAAUAUUCACGACGAUCAUCGAUACUACGUCGUAGAUACUCCACCUUUUGUACGGAAGCCAACGGGUAACUUCUACUACCUUCCUUACGACCAGGGUGUGCUCAUGAACGUCUUCGUGAAAAACUCAUCAAUGGGAUCUACCUCAUGCACAGUUGAUUAUGAAGCUGGCGUCAAUGCCUCUUACGUGGACUUCACGAUGGGUAACGCGGCCGACUAUUGGUUCCUUCAGCUGAAUAAAUUUCACCAGAUGACAUCCUUCGAUGGCGUUUGGCUCACACACACGAGCCCUUGGUGCAGCCACGUGGACCCGGAACAGUGCUCGAUGACAUCCACGCACGAACUACCUCGAAAUUACCCAGAAGAGAGGCUCAACCGAUACACCUUGUGCAUGGAAGAUAUUUUCAGCAUUUCAAAGCACUACGAUGUUCAUAACCUCUACGGGUACUACGCCGCCAAGGCCACAUAUAUGGCUCUGAAGAGGGUUAUACGGAGGAGACCUUUCAUCGUAGCUGGAGCUACGUUCGCAGGUCAGGGCAAGUGGUCCGGUCAUUGGACGGGGGACACGCUGGCAACCUGGGAAAGCAUGCGGGAGUCUAUUCCAAUGCUCCUGACAUUCAACCUUCUGGGGAUGCCGUUUGUGGGCGCGGAUAUCUGCGGCACGAAACAGAACGCGACGGUGGAGCUGUGUGCCCGAUGGCAUUCCUUGGGCGCUUUCUACCCUUUCGCCAGGAAUCACAACGGCGCGGGAUUCGUGGACCAAGAUCCGCAAGCCAUGGGGUCUGCUGUUGUGGGUGCUACAAUCAGGAGCCUCCACAUUCGUUAUCUUCUCUUGCCGUACCUUUACACGCUUUUCUACCGCAACACCGUUCACAGCGAACCUGUUAUGAGGGCUAUGUUCUACGAAUUUCCGGAGGACGAGAACACGUACACCAUCGACACCCAGUUCAUGUGGGGACCGGCGCUUCUAAUCUGUCCAAUUCUCUAUCCUAAGGUGAAAUACAUCGACCCUUAUGUGCCUCGAGGUCUGUGGUACAGCUAUUACACAGGAGGCAUUAUGAUCGUUAACGAAGGACAAAAGAUGCGGUUUCCGGUUACAUCUGUCGACAUCAUCCUCCUCAUCCGCGGCGGAUACAUCAUUCCUUUCCAGCAACACGCUCAAGUUACUAACGAAAGCCGCAACCAGCCUUUUGGUCUGGGCGUUGCAGCAGACGAGAACGGUGAAGCCGAGGGUGAGCUCUUUUGGGAUGAUGGAAUUUCGUAUGACACCGUAGAAAAUGGGGACUACGUACUUUACAAAUUUUCACUGUUAAAGGAACUAAUCCGUGCGACUGUGAUCCACCACGGAGUCGAUACCGGGUUGCGGCUGGUCGAAGUGAACGUCAUGGGUAUCAUGCAGGAGCCAGUCGAUGUUCGCCUUGAUGACAGCAAUGGAAUAGUCAUGCUCCCCUUCGUCUACAACUCAACAGACAAGACCUUACAGAUCACUAUGGACAACUACAGGAUGGAAAAAGACUUCAUCAUAAAGUGGCGCUGGAACGUGAAAGUGCACUGAACCUCGAGACAACUCGCCAAAUGUCGGACGUAUCAAGGGACGUCAACGAGACAUCCACGGCUGGAACCUAGGAAGAGCUGUAUAUCGUUUAAUAAAAUACUGUACAUAAUA